CGACCGAGGGGGAGGCAGAAGUAAACUUCCACCUGCCCUGGAGCCGCCGCUGCGCCGGCAGGAGGAGGCGGGGGCGGAGGCGGAGGCAGGCGGGGCAGGCGAGGACCCGGCUCUGGCAGGCUCUGAGGGUCCGGCCGGGUGUAAUUCGCCCCUAAUCCCCGCCACGGCGGCGCUUCCCCGGCCGAGCCAUGUCUGCGGCUUCCCCGCCAUGCCGAGCCUAGCGGGGAGCGGGAGGACUGGCGGCCGGGAGGCGCACAAAAUGAAGACCCUGAUGCGCCACGGGCUGGCCGUCUGCUUGGCGCUCACCACCAUGUGCACCAGCUUGUUGCUCAUGUACGGCGGCAUCGGCGGCGGCGGUGGCCACCCGGAGCCGCGGCGGCAGCAGCAGCAGCAAGUGGCGGCGGUGCCCAGCCGCCCGCCGGAACGGGACCAGCACCAGCCGGCGCUCCCCGUCGGGGCCGGUCUUCUGGAGGGCUACAUCAGCGUCCUGGAGCACAAGCCUUUAAAAAUGCACUGCAAGAGUUGUGCGUUGGUAACCAGCUCUGGACACCUUCUGGGAAGUAAACAAGGUGACAGAAUCGACGAGACCGAGUGUGUAAUACGAAUGAACGAUGCACCUACUCGAGGUUACGGAAAAGAUGUUGGAAACAAAACGAGCGUUCGAGUCAUUGCACACUCCAGUAUUCAGAGGAUUUUGCGGAAUCGCAAUGAACUCUUAAAUAUGAGCCACGGUGCUGUGUUUAUCUUCUGGGGUCCCAGCAGCUACAUGAGGAGAGAUGGUAAAGGCUUGGUGUAUAAUAACCUCCAGCUGAUGAAUCAGAUACUGCCUCAAUUAAAAGCAUAUAUGAUUUCUCGCCACAAGAUGCUUCAAUUUGAUGACCUUUUUAAACGGGAAACUGGGAAAGACAGGAAGAUCUCCAACACUUGGCUUAGCACGGGCUGGUUCACAAUGACUAUCGCAUUAGAGCUCUGUGACAGGAUAAAUGUUUAUGGCAUGGUGCCACCGGAUUUCUGCAGGGAUCCUAAUCAUCUUUCAGUACCUUAUCAUUACUACGAACCUUUGGGACCUGAUGAAUGCACAAUGUACCUCUCCCACGAGCGGGGACGAAAGGGCAGUCAUCAUCGUUUCAUCACAGAGAAACGCGUGUUUGAGAACUGGGCGCGGACAUUCAACAUUCACUUUUUCCAACCAGACUGGAAACCAGAACCACUCACUGUAAAUCACCCUGAGGUUAAACCGGUGGUCUGAGGGAUGGAUGCACAAGAUGGGAAUCACAGUCACCUACUGUACCAGCCUUUGGGGUGCUGGAGCUGCUGGGACAGCGGGGCAGCCUAGAGGAGAAGAGAAACGGGAUUUGCAGCUGACAACUGCAGCAACAGUCAGGAAGUUCUGAUGAAGGAGAAGCGCAUAUCAAGAGUACUUAUGUCAAACUGUGCAUUAAUCCAGUAUAUCGCCUUUUGGGGCCACCUGACUUCCUGUAUGUGUAUGUGAUUUGUGAAGAAACUUGAGUAUCAUUAAUGGAUGGUUAACUCAUCAUGGUUUUUUAAAAUACAAUGCCACUGAAUUUUCAUAGUGAAAACUUACGGUAUUUAUUUAAUGGAGGUUUUUAUGCAACCUAGGCCAGUAUUUUUCUAAUUCACAGUUAUGUGGUUGUUUAUCUUUCAUAAUCUUUCAAAUCCAAAAUGAAUAUUGCUGAUGGUUUGAAAGGCCUAGCUUUUUAUUUAUAAAACUCGUUUGAAAAGUAUGAUUCUAUAUAGCAUGUAAUUAAUAUUUGAUCUGGAAAUGUUGCAUUUCUUUUAAAAAUUUUGGGCACUGUUCCAGCCUAAAGCCUUUAACAGCGAGAAUGGUCCCAUGUGCAGAUCUAGCUAACUUUACAUUCCGACAUCUCAUGUUAAUAUGAAAAUGAUAGUGAAAAUUCUGUUUGAUAUUAAUGUGCAUUUGCUGCUGUGCUAUCAAGCUGCUGUUUUCUAAUAAGAGGUGGGAGGAAGGAGGGCAAAGUUUAUCCAAAGAAGCCACUGGCUCCAGCAGCAUACUCUCAAUUCAGAGAACAGCAUAAGCCCGGAGGGUUGUGUUGCUGUUUUGCCUUUUGUGGUCCUGCAAGAGGCUGAAGGAGCAACGCAAACCAGGUAACAGCUGCUAGAAACAACACGACCAAAUUCCUGAAAUCAAGAAGUUACACUGCUAGGUACUACAAUACCAGCCAUACUAGCCAAGAAGAUCACAACGCAAAAAUCUCUGCCUUUCGCUGUCCCGAGAUCAUCGCUGAUCUCAGAGAUUUUGGACUGCACUGAAGUUGGGAUGUGAGGAGAGUUUCGUGAGUACAAAAUCAUCCCCUUUAAAAGAGCGAAGUUACACUCGUGGGUUUUUUGGUGAAGUACACGUGCAUGACGAGUCCCUGCUGACCAAGGGGACAGACAGUGCUAGUGCUGUAUAUGGAACCUCACAGUGUGAAUUACCGGGUUACAUUUGGCUUGUGAAUAAAGAAGAUUUCAGUAACAGUCUUAUUUUUCCUUUUGCCUCAAAAAUAUUGAAUCUCUCGUUUCCGUGAAGUAAUCAGUAGGGGUAACUAUUGCAUGAAACAUUAUACCUCAGGUGACAAAAGGUCUCUCUCAUUAGAUGCAUACUAAAGCUAGAACAAAGAUAUAACCUUAAAAGGUCUAAAUCCAAGAAGCUGAACUUCAGAGGUGAUAUGUAGAAUUGGCACCAAACUCACUUAAAACCCAUGGUCUUCCUCUUUCCAAAACUGGAUAGCAAUAGCUGGAGCUGUCCUACAGAUAACCCAGUUCUGGGGGGAAAGAAAGUGAUCUGCCCUGUCAGGGGGCAGAACAGUGUUACCCCUGUAACACUGCCCGGACCUCCAAGAGCCACUCGUCUUGCUGCAGCCCCCUCCCCACUAGCAGAGAGCAAGAAACUGUGACCUAUUAUGCCUUAAAGUUACCUUCCUGGCACACACCGCUCAGCAUACACACUGAAUGCAAAGCUCUAUUGCCAAUUCCUUGUAACCUGUCUCUUGUCAGCUGGUGUUUAACUCUUCCCCCUUUCAGUGACUGUUUUACUCCUUCUGCUUGAAUUCACAACAUUCUACAACGAACAGAAUGGAUUUUGAACUAAUGGAAAUGCAAAUAUCCCUUUCGGCAUGUGUCCUGGGGUGUGUAUCCAGCAUAUAUUGCUCAAAUUGAUGAACUCUGUCAAAUUGAUUUACAGAUCAUUUCUAAUGCGACUGCAGGAGAUGGCACAGAUUGCAGCAGGUCCUCUGAUGCCACCAUCCUUUUGUUAUUUUGUUAGUGAUACAAUAAUAAAAAGUUCUUUUCAUUCUAAA